AUGAAGCUACUUGGCACCAUCACGACGAUUGACGAGCCAAUCGUCAUGAUCGUGGUCACCGUAAUUUUUGCACUGCAACCACCCACUUCCAUAACUCUUUGGAACGUCAAUGGACUACCCAAUAACGGUAGGAAGAGAUGGCUCAAACGUGAGACGAGAGCUCAAAUGCACCUAAUCAAGUUGAGAGUCGCUGGCUAUUGUUACCAUGCCAAUACUCCAGAAAAGUAUAUUCACUUUUUGAUUAACCUAUCCUACCCGGUUCAAGUGAAUUUCUAG